UUCACGCUCUGAAGUUUUCGUCAUGAGGUUAGUCGUGUUCGUGUUUGGUGUUUGUACGGUAUCCGGUGGACGUAAAUGGAACUGUGAAGAGAUGUUGAAAAAAAUCAAUUUCCUUUAAGUUCUACCUAUUCUCAUUAGUUUAGUGAAAAUAAACAUAUAUAUGGUGUAUAGAUUAAAUAUUUUAGGUAAAGCUUAUUAAAACUGUUCCUUAGAGCAGUCUUUAACUAUUUCUGAAAAAUUCAGAACGUUAUGCGAGUUCCUGAUAUAGCAACAACAGCCGGAUAUGCUGCACCGUUUAUGCAAGUCACAAAUAACCACGAAACCGGCGCUACUUAUACACACCCACAAUCUAGUAUUGAGCUUAAUAAAAAUGGUAAUUAUGGGCAUUUAAAUCCGAAUUUGUACAACACAACAGUUACUUUUACGUCAUCUGCCGAUGAGUUUGUGCAGAGGGCCUUGAGUUCAGCACUAUCUCCAACAUCUUUAGAUUAUACAUCAAAUAUACAACAACAACGACCAAUAGUCAGUAAAAUUCCAAAUCCCAAUCGUAACGUACAACAGAACGACUUUAAAGAGUACGAAGGUGCCAUUGGUACAGAUUCAAAUGAUUACUAUGAAGUGGAUACUAAUUGUGGUAACACCUACAGGAGUUUCAAAGAAGUUUUUAAUAUAAAUAAAACAUUUUUUGAGGAAUGUGUUAAAGAUUUUGAAAAUAUUAAUGCAUUAGAAAAUCUAAAUGCACCCUUGUCCAGCGAUGUCGAUUUGGAUCCAAUUCAAAUUAUCAAUUCUCGAAUUAAAUGUGAUCACACCAAAACACAUCAAACGUAUCAAAACCAAACAAGUAAAACCAACGAAAAUUUAAGUAUGAAAUUUAAUGCUGCUAGCUCAGCUGAAGGAAUAAAUGUAAUUGGUCACACUUUGGAUGCCAACAAUAAAGUAGCGAACCCCUGCGAAAAACUAGAUUUUGAGCAAAACGCAGAUAUAUUAAACGAAAAUGAUUGUGAAGAUCACUCGAUGACUGAUUUUUGCAAUGAAAGCACAAAACUCUCUUGCAGUAAUGAAGAUAUUGAUGAAUACUUAACUUCUCCCUCGUCGUCAAGUAUAUCUUUACGCACACCAAAGAAACGUUCAUAUUUUCCACGCGGCAUUAUUAAUCCUAAUUAUCCGGGUUUUCAGCACUUAGCACACACUUUAUCUGAACACUUUAUUAGUAGCACACCAUUUGAUUCCUAUGAUAGUGAUAUAUCGGACUACGAAAUGGAAUUGAGUGCCGAUAGUUUUGAUGAUGACGUCCUACCGGAAAAUAAUAAUAACAACAAUAAUGAUGAUAUGAUAGCUAAAGUUGAGCAACCAAUCGCAAAGGAAACAGAUAAAAUCGAAUACAAUGAAACAGCUAAAAAUAAAUUUGGUGAUAAUAAUCACAAUACAAAUGUAAGCGAAAAUCACAUAGAUGACUUGCCUAAUAAUCUAGAAACUACAUUAAGUCUUUUUGAACCACCUAAUGAGAAGAACUUUAAGCCUAUAACACUUCUAACAAAUACGUUACAAGGAGACAAGCAACAACAGGGGGAGCACGACUACGAUCAGAGUCUAAGACCAAGUUCAUAUAAUGUACACUGUAUUACACCAGAUAUUUUACAAAAGAAUUAUAAUCUAAGCGCAGAGUUCCCAACGAAGAAAGAAAACCGACCGGAUUUAUUAAAUGGUGUUAGUCCACAGUUUGCACGAAGUAAUAAGAUCGGCGCAACAACUGUCACACCAAAAAAAUCAGAAUAUGAUUUCAAUCGCGAACAGAAACAAAUCAUUUCAAUGAAAUGUGGUUUUGUUGCAAAUAUGGAAUCUCACGUCCCUAUUCGUCCGAACGAUAUAACGCGAGAUGAAAUUUCUCUUGGCAUAACACCUGUUGAUAUAAUCGGCGAUUUCGGACAAGAGGUUGAACGUGAGUUUGGGCUACUAGUCAGUGGUUAUAGGCGGUUAGUCGAUGGUUAUAUUGAAGUCAAUGAUGAAUGCAUGGGUUCAGCUGUAGAUUCCACCGAUAAACUUGCCGAUGCCUCAUUAUCAAUUGCUAACGAUGAAAUUGAUUCAAAUAAAUUUUUAUUAGCGUACAAUCAAUUAAAAGAAGAAGAAGACGAAAAUAUACGUGAUGAUGAUUUUCAAAUAAAUACUACUAGGGAAAAUUCCAUAUCAGCCAUAAUAAAAUCUCCGAACAGUUAUAUUGAAGAUGAUAGCAAUGCUGUAGAUUGGUUUACCACAUCAUCAGACCAAAGGGCGAAUACAGAAGAUACUGUACAAAAUACUGAAAGUGUAGCAGAUGAUAGCAACCGUAGCAGCAAUGCUGAUAAACGUAUAUACCAAAAAUCUUCCUAUGACGAACGUCAGCUGCCGCCAGUAGUGAUCGAAUACAAGCGAUGUCAGCAGAAUGUACGUCCAUCACGCAAAAGUCAGAAUAGUAAUGAAAAGAAUUCAAAGGGCACACCACUUAAGGCCACCCGUAAUCAUACGAAACCAAGCUUUACAAAUCGAUUUUUGCAUACUAAGCGCAGUAGCACUAAUUCUAAGUUGGAAAAUAGUUCCAAUAGAAAACGUGAAGAAGCUGAACUUCAUCAAUAUCAACAACUUAUCAGUGACAAAGAGCUUAUAUUGAGUAAUAGUCGCUAUGCGAAACUCUCGUCGUGGGCACAAUACUUAAAGAAUUCUGUGAAGGAGCGAGGAGGAAAAAAUUCUAAUGAUUUGAUAUCGCCAAGUGCUUUAGAACUCUUCGAUGCUUAUAAAAUUGGAACGGAAAUCGAUAUGGAAACAUUUGAAAAACAUCUUAAAAUGGCGAAGGAAAUCGAGAAAAAG